AUAAAAUUUGAGAUCUUUAAAUGAGCAAUGCAUUUAAAUAAGCUGGAAAUACACUUUCAAAAGCUAAUGAUUUAGGAUAGACAGGAUAGAGUUUUGCAGGCUCUUAAAAUCCAGCAUCCUUAAAAGGAAAAUUAAUGAGUUUAGAAGUAAUGAAACUGAUACCAUGUUUUAUAAUAGGAAACAAUAAAAGGCAUUUAAGACGAAAUGAAUUUCCAUAAGAAAGAAGUUUAGAUAUUAAAAUCAGAGAAGGACACUUUAGAAUCAGUAUUAAGCAUGAAAACUUAAGAUGUGAAAAAAACAUUAACUAAUGAAUUAAUGAGAAUAGAGGAAGAAAUGAAACGGUAUUGAAUUUUUAUUAUGUAGACAUUUUGCCCAUCAAAAAGCAGAGAAUUCUAGAUUACAAUAAUAAAUUACUGCUCUAAAAGGAGAAAAAACUGCUCUUCAAUAAUAAUUACUUGGACUUCAAAGAAGAAUUGCAGAACUUGAACUCUAAGUAGGAUAAGAGUAGGCAUGA